AUGGCGUUUGGCGGUUUUCAGGCGAAUUCGAUAAUGAAGCCAAUGCUUGAUAUGAAUGAUGAUAGUGAUGAGCCUCGAUCACCCAUGCCUUCGGAAGACACCAGAAACAGCCUAUCUUAUCCACGAGCUCCGUGGCGCAGUAUACCGUCUUAUCUUCUUUCAAGCUCACCCUCACUAACAUGCCGUCUGUACUCGAUGAAACGUCCGACCCCGAAUGCCUCUGUUCCCGAUCCUCCUACUGCUUCUCACCCCGUGUUGCCUCAUUUAACAACGCAAGAAACCGUGCACAUGACAUCCAUUUCCCACAAGGAGGAAACUACCCGUCUAGCUACAGCCGUUUGUCGGGUAGUCUUUUCUAACAAAAUGCCAUAUUCUCUUCUUACCACUGGCGAAGGGUAUACUAAAAAGGGCGACGUGUUGUCUGUGGCACGGAUCGCUGGCAUUAUGGCUGCAAAGCGGACCGCGGAUAUUGUACCACUGGCUCACCCUGGUCUAGGAAUUACAGGUAUAGACAUUGACGUUCAAGUUUGUCCUCCGUUCGCAUCCGACACCGAGAAAUACCCGAAUGGGAGUGCUUUGAUUACGUCGACGGUACAUUGCCGUGGACGAACUGGUGUAGAAAUGGAAGCACUCACAUCCGUAGUAGGCGCAGCAUUGACAGUGUUUGAUAUGUGCAAGGCGGUGGAUAAAGGAAUGGUGAUUGGAGAAGCAAGGGUUAUUCGGAAGAAAGGCGGGAAAAGCGGCGACUGGGAGGAGGGAAGGAAGGUUACCAGUGACGAUUCGAAGCCCCCAGCAUGA